CAUUAUCAUAAUGAAGAACAGAUUUAUUUGGUUACUUGUAUCAAUGCUUUUAGUGCAAGAGAGUAAAGCGAGUUGUGCUGAAUGGAAACAACUUGAAUUGAACUGUGGCAGUUACUGUUUCAGAGUCUUGCUACCUGUAUUAGAUCAUGUCAAGGAUUUGCAAAGUCAAGUUAAUGUGUUUAAAAAUCAAUCAGUAUCUAUCAAGAAACUUGAAUACUCCAAAAAGUUUAUACAAGAUGAGAUAGAUGCUUACGAUAAAAAAAUGGAAGAUCAACGUGGAAUGAUUGAACUUGCCCUGCUAAAUUAUACAAAGAGUAAUAUUAAGCUAAAUCCAAAUUUUUUGGAACAGAUCCAGAAAAUUGAACAUCAGCUAGAAAAGAUUGAAGUGCUUGAUACAAAGUUAAAUCAAAAAUUAGAGAGCCAAAACAAUUUAACUGAGACCAACUUGCAGACGGAGAAUUCAGAUUUCGUAGCUAAAUUUAAAAAUAUUGAAGAGUUGCUAAAGGGAAAGUUUUUAGUGGAAGAAAAGUUUGAAGUCCAGAGGAAUUUAACUGAAACAUCCUUGCAACAACAAAUCGAUAUUCUUAACUCAAGUAUAGAUUCCAUAGCCGAUUCUAAAAGUAUACAGGUUUUACAGGAAAAGUUAGAAGCAUUUCAAAUAAAGUUGGACACUCAAAUUCUUGACACGCUAACACAAUUUCAGAAUAUUAAAGGCCAGAUACGGAACAAGACUAACGCACACAAUAAAAAUAUUGAAAAAAUUCUAACUGGACAGCGCAAAGUAAAUGAAGUCAAGAGAGUAACUGCUAGAAAACCAUUUAAAAAAAUUGGAUCAAAAUAUUAUUAUAUUGAGGAGACCGAAAAAGUCAAUUGGUUUGCCGCAGUCCAUAAGUGCCUAGAAUACGGAGGACAUUUGGCGAGUAUUCAAAAUUCAGUGGAGCUUUCAGAAUUAUUAGGACAUUUGAAAAAAUUCGAUUAUUGGAUUGACAUCAAUGACCUGGUUACGGAGGGAGUAUUUCUAUCGGCAACCACAGGCCUAUCGCCUAGCUACUUAAACUGGCAUAGCGGGGAACCCAACAACGGCGAAAACAAUGAGCAUUGUGGCGAAUUAUGGUUUUUAAAUAAUAUGCACAAGAUGAACGAUGCUGGUUGUCAGGGUAAAAGAUUGUUUAUCUGUGAGUCUGCAAAUUUGUAAUAAAAAGUCAAAUACUCGAAAAAAUAAAAUAUUCAAAUGUAA